GAGAUAUCUUAGCUAAGCGAUGAAAAAAAUUAUUGUGCUGUUCGGAAUUGUCGCCUGCUCCUAUGGUUCCCAUUGGAACUAUGGAAAUUAUGGCGAGCUUACACUGGGAGAGAUUGCUAUAGACCAGCACAGCUCGGGAACUUUUAACCUGGGAGGUUUGAAGAGUCAUUCGUUAGAUUUCUUGGGAGGUCACUCACCGAUUUUAAACGAAGUAAGCAAUUGGCCUUCGGAUAUCAACAAUUUUCACGGAGCCCAUGUAAUUCCUGUUGUUAAGCACAUUGGAAUACCGACGAUCACGAAAGUUCCGAUCGGCGUUCCGCAUCCGUUGGUGGAAACGGUUCCACAGCCUUAUCCUGUUACCGUGGUGAUUCCGAAACCUGUACCAUAUGAGGUGGAGAAGCAGGUGGUCAAAACAGUUGAGAAAAAAGUAUUAACACCCGUCGAGAAAAUAGUUCCGGUUAAAAUCGAAAAGCUGGUGCCCUUCCGCGUGGUGAAACACGUCCCUGUGCCGUUCGAAAAACCGAUCCCCAUCAAGAUUCCGAUCUACAAGACCAUCAUACAUAAAGUCAAAGGCCAUUGA